AUGACGUUCUAUUGUCCCACAAUCAAGGGAAUCGUGCCGCUUCUCAACUCUGACGGAACAGCGCCUCUCGCGGUGAGAUUACAAACUCUUGAGCGGACGGCUGAGCACUUCAGAACCGUCUUCAACCACCCAUCGACAACUCCCGACGCCACCAUCGACCGGUUCCCCCAAGCGGAAACGAACAACGAACUGGACCUCUCGCUUUCCCUCCGAGAAACCACCAGAACCGUGCAACAGCUGUCCACCGGCAAAGCACCGGGGUCCAACGUGAUCGCGGCUAAAAUUGACAAGCUCGGUGGCCUCCGACUAGCGGAGAAACGUAAGAUCUUCAAUAUGUGGCGUUCCCAGAAUCCCAAGAACGCGACCAUCGUCUAUCUUUUAAAACGGAAAGGCUACCGGCAAUUCUGUGAUAACCACAGAGGAAGCUCGCAACUCAACAUCGUCGAGGUGUAUGCUCGCAUUCUUCCAAACCGUCUUAACGUCCACCAAGAAUAG